CUUGACUAUACCUCUCCUUCUGUACAGCGAUAACUUCACUCGGAACCAUGCCCAUCCCUGUUCACGACGAGGGGGACCGUGGCGGCCCGGUCGACGUGAACAUCUACGGCGGAGCCCCGGAGAAGAACAGCCCCGUACUGAGUACCCGUGCCAGCAGCGACAUGCUGUACCUGAUCCUGGGGGUCGUGCUCGGGGUCAUGGUGCUGGUGCUCAUCAUCUUCAUCGCCAUGUGCAUGUGGAGGGCUCACCAUCACCCCACGAAAAUGGACCUUGAGAUCAGCAAAAGGCAAUGCAUGGAGCAGUACCAGAAGUCUAUGAUGGACGGAGACCUGGGCAUGUACAGCGGCAGUGUGGCCGACAGCCUCGCACACCCCCACCCACUCAACGGGCUGGAGUACAGCCACUCCCUGGCCAAGCUGGAAAAGGAAGACACGGAAUCUGUCUGUCCAUCACAGUGUGCUUCUUACAAAAAAUGCUGUGUAGAGAGAGACAAUGGGUCCAUCUGCAGCGUUCCCCCACCGCGCACCUUUUACCAGAACAACAACCGGAGCCAGUGGUCGCUCCCGUCAGAAAGCCGGUGUGGACUCAGUGUGGGGGAGGAGGAGGACAACUGUGACAGUCUCCCUCGAAUGACAUACAAAUAUCCAUAUUAUAAACCAUCUUACAGGCAUGCAGGUCAGUAGUGAUGUUGGAACUCUCUCUC